CAAAUACUAUAUUUUAUUAGCGAACGGGAUUGAGUAAUUCACAAGAUGGAUAGUGAAAUUAUAAGUGUCAAAAUUUCGCGCAGUGUAAAAGACACCGCUAAUAAUGACAAUCACGCAUUAGAUAACCAUAAGCGGCGGGAAAUACACAGUCGCAAAAAAAUUAAUGAUGGAAAGUUAGAAGAGGUGCUGGAGUUUAUGAGAAAAUCAUUGAUGGAUGGGCAGAUGAGGAUGGACUGUACUGGGAUCAAUGAUUUACAGCUUUAUGAAAACUAUGAAAGUUCUUCUCCUUCUCGUGAUGUUAGUAUACAAAGUAGAACUGAUUGGAAGAAGAAGCUGAUUAUUGCUGCAAUCCUGUUCGCUCUACUAUUGGUCGUCAUUUUGAUAGCACUGUUUCAAUUCAGAAAUUAAGCGUUGUGACAUGCUACCU